AUGUUUCCGAAUGGUCAACAGAUAUCGUUUCAUCCCACACCAUUGGCUGUUCAAGAUCCAUCAACAAUGAUGGUUUUGGAUCCAAAACAAACACCUUCACCAGUUUCAAGAGAUGGAACACAGAAUGGAGGAGGGAUUUCUCACGCCGAGUUUGCUCUGUUCAAUUCCCAGAGGCUUCAAUCUGAUCUUGAAGCCAUGGGUAACAAAAUCAAACAGCACGAGGACAAUCUGAAGUUUCUCAAGUCUCAGAAAAACAAGCUGGAUGAAUCGAUCGUUGAUUUGCAAGUUCUUAUGAGCAAACUUCAUUCGGCCGCCACUCCUAGAAGCGAAAACCAUGAUACCAAUCUCCAGGGUGCAGAUAUCAAUGAACAGAUCCUACGGCAUGAAACAUCAGCUGCUGGAGUUUUAGGUCUGGUUGAAUCUCGUCAUGGCGCGCAGGCUUCUCAGUUGACUAUGACAAAAGGUGUUGUUGGCAUUGUAGCAAAACUCGGGAAGGUCAAUGAUGAAAAGCUUAGCCAGGUUUUAUCGGAUUAUUUAGGGACUCGUUCAAUGCUGGCAGUUGUAUGCAAGAAUUAUGAUAGUGUUAAGGCUUUAGAGAUUUAUGAAAAUCAUGGCAGCAUAGAUAGAAAUGCUGGCAUUCAUGGGCUUGGCUCUUCGAUUGGCAGAACGAUUGAAGGCCAUUUUGAUGUCAUCUGCCUUGAAAAUCUGAGACCAUAUGUUGGUCAGCACAUUGCUGAUGAUCCACAAAGAAGGCUUGAUCUUCUGAAACCUAAAUUGCCUAAUGGUGAGUGUCCUCCCGGAUUCCUCGGAUUUGCUGUGAACAUGGUACAAAUCGAUCCAGCUUACUUGCUAUGUGUCACACUAUAUGGAUACGGUCUUCGUGAGACCUUGUUCUACAGUCUUUUCUCCCGCCUUCAAGUUUACAAAACAAGGACCGAGAUGAUUAGUGCCCUCCCAUGCAUAAGUGAUGGUGCUAUAUCCUUGGAUGGAGGAAUCAUCAGGACAGCGGGGAUCUUCACUCUUGGAAACCGUGAUGAGGUGAAUGUGAGAUUCGCAAAGCCAUCUGCUUCACGUGCGAUGGACAACUAUAAUGAAACAGAGAAGCAAAUGAAAGAGCUGAAAUGGAAGAAAGAGAAGACGCUGGAGGACAUGAAGCGAGAGCAAGUGCUGCGUGACCAUGCCGUGUUCAACUUUGGCAAGAAGAAAGAAGAGUUUGUUCGAUUCUUGGCUCAGAGCUCAUCCACUAAUCAGCAAAGGUUUUAUGGUUUAACAUUUCCUGAUUAUGUGUUGUAUGCUCCAGCAAAUGAUAUUACCCCCCAGAUGAAUAAGAGAGCAAGCAAUGAAGCAUGGAGCUCUGAAUAA